AUGCAAUGGAGUUCAGCGAGUUCAGCUUAUGUUCCUCCAAGCUUUCAAAUGAAGCGUGUUUCCGAUCAACCGAUCAUCUCUGCAUGGGACAAAAAUUCCGAUUUUUUAUAUAAUUACAAUGUUGCGUUUAUGCCAACAGUGAGCAAUCCAGAUAUUGCCACAUUGCUAGUACGUGUUCAAGAUUUAAACACGAAUCCGGCGACAAUUUACGAUGUUGGACCAAGUAAAAUCGCUGUAAGUCAAAGUACCGAUGGAUCUUAUUUAAAAUACUCACACGUCACUCAAGAUGAUAUUAUUAUUGAUACUGAUAUUCCCGAACGAUCUUUCGGAGCGGAAGAUCCUCGUGUUGUUUUGCACGAAGGGACUUAUUAUCUAUUUUUCACGGCUGUGAGCAAAACAACGGAUGAUCGAUGGCGAGCACAACUCGCAUUAGCAACUUGUUCAGUCAACUGCACGAAGAAGAACAAUUGGAAAAACGUAGGUCCUCUAUUUCCUGAUGUAUUUUGGUGCAAGAGCGGUGGUUUGUUAAUUCAUAACGCUACACAUCGGUAUCUCUUUUUCAAUGAUUCAAACAUUGCUAUUGCUCGAACUACAGAUCUGUUUAAGUAUGAGUUAACAAACGACUUUCUUUUGAGCACAAGAUCGAACUAUUUCGAUUCGGCACUUGUGGAAGCUGGACCUGAACCUUUGAAAUUAAGUGAUAACAAUUACUUAUUUCUCUAUAAUUCCGCGCGAAAAACGAACAUUGCCAAUCCGAAACCAAAUUGGGAUCUGGAAUAUAAUCUAGGUUGGGCGAUAUUGGAUGGAAAUGAUCCAACAAACGUUUUAGCACGAAGUGAUCAACCGUUGUUCUCUCCUGAAUUAGACUGGGAAAAAUGUGAUAACAAAUCCGGCGUAUGGACUGACCGUGGUUUAACACCAUUAGUCAUUUUCGUCGAAGGUUGGAAGAAAACAGCAGAGAACACAUUUUUAGUUUGGUACCAAGGAUGCGAUUCAACGACUGGCUUAGCGGAACUCAAAGUCACCUUUUCACCGGCAUCCGGGGCAACAGUGUUAACACCGAUUUUAAUUUAUUGGGCAAUUUUUCUUUACUUUUUCAUAUUUUAA